AUGGCCUCAAACAAGCACCUCGUACUUAGUUCCAUUGCAUCAGCCUCCCAUACCUUCUUUCUUCUUCUAUAUGUCAACGACAUCGUGGUAACUGGCAGUGAUUCCACUCAUCUCCAACAAUUCAUCUCUCUUUUAUGUGGCCACUUUGACAUCAAAGACCUUGUUCCGCUAAGCUAUUUCUUGGGUUUACAAGUUCUUCAUAAGGAUGGUACUCUCCACAUCAAUCAACUUAAAUAUGCACAUGAUCUUUUACAGAAAGCCAAUCUUCUCUACUCCAAACCCGCAUCUACUCCAUUGGCUGCCAAGGUUCUCCUCUCUAUCUCUGAUGGUGCUUUCAUCUCCAACCCAACCGAGAUCAAUAGUUUACACUUAGGUACAUCAAGAGCACUAUUGAUCUCGGCCUCACCUUCACUCCUCAAACUGCCACAGCUCGCCUCUCAGCCUACUAUGAUGCGGAUUGGGCUGGGUGCCCUGAUUUUCAUCGGUCGACCACUGGAUAUGUGA